AUGGCUCCUCAGGCUGUUGAUGAGGAAACAGCAGCAGCAGCAGCCAAGACUCGAGUAGCUAGUGAGCUAGGACAUGACCGUAUUCGUUAUCGCCAUAAGAAGGGGAAUAGAAGAGCAAUCAUUCUAACCCCUUCACACCUCAAGUCCACUCCUCACCUGGCUGAAACUAGUCGCCAGGGGUACACCACUGUGAAGGAGGGAUGUGAACGGCAGCACCACCACCACCAGCAGCAGCAACAACGAGGUGUCCUUAAGGCCGUAUACAGACGGAAAAUGUUUGCCCAUCAUAUCGAUGAACCAAGAUCUAUGUGGGAAGCAAGAAAGGCAAUAGAAGCUGCCCUAUGGGAUCCUCAACCUUUCCGUCUACCAUCACUUCAUACUCUUAAGACCCUCUUGCCUGUGGAACUAUCAACCAUUGACCAAGGUUAUCCCAUCUCUACACUAGGGUAUUAUAAGUCGAUAAAGAGAGAGUCAGAUGAGCGUGUGGAAGCAGCCUCUAAGAAUCCUGAUAUACUUCGUGCUGUCCGAGAGGUGGAUGAAAGUGUAGCUAGACUACAAGAAGAGUUGAGGAUGGAGACUGCCCCUGGUGUAGCUCAAACUCCUGAUAGAGCCCUUACUAGAGAUAGAGAGAUUACUGAUCAUGCCAUCAGCAAGUAA